AUGCCACCUAAGCAUGUGGUCACCUACGGGCUCAAUGACAACGUUCUCUGCAAGUAUAAAGGCUACUAUUAUGCUGGAAAGAUUGUGAAUAUUACAAUAAAGGAUGGUGAGCGCGCGUACACCGUUCAUUAUAAGGGGUGGCAUAAAAGGCAUGAUGUCACUGUACCCGAGAGCAAAGUUAAGCAGCUGUUUCUUCCUUAUACGGACGAGAAUGUUAUGCGUACUACGGCUGAGCUGGAGGCUGCUAAGCUAGAGAAAAAGCGUCGAUCUAAACUAAAGGAAGUUUCUGUGAUUUCUGACGUUGCCAGCGUUUCAUCUCUUAGCCCACCAAUAACGUCACGUCGUAAUAAAGUGGUGAAGCAGGAGCCAGUCUUUGAUGUGAACUCCAUAAAAUAUCACUAUGGAUGUUUACCGCAACCACUGCGAGAUAUACUCGAUAAAGACCACGAUGCGGUUAUAAAUCGCCGUCUCUUGACCAAAGUGCCGGCGGCCUAUCCAAUUGACUUCCUGCUUGUUGAGUUUCUGUAUAACUACGAUAUCGAGAUUGCAUGGGGAGCGGACAAAAUAACCGUUUCUUAUGGUGACGAC